CUCGUCUCCAACAACGCGCCAGCUCUGCCCGCGCUUAAACCUUCAAAGGCGGCCGCCGAUCGACGCGACCAUGUCGGAACGAAAAGUCCUGUCCAAAUACUACCCCGCCGACUUCGACCCGAAUGCGCUCACGCGGCGGCGGGGCCCCAAGCAGACGGGGCCCAAGGUGCAGGUGGUGCGGCUCAUGGCGCCCUUCGGCAUGAGGUGCACCUCGUGCGGCGAGUACAUCUACCGGGGGCGCAAGUUCAACGCGCGCAAGGAGACGAACCCGGAGGAGCGGUACCUGGGCAUCCAGAUCCACCGCUUCUACAUCAAGUGCACCCGCUGCUCGACCCAGAUCUCGUUCCGCACCGACCCGGCCAACCAGGACUACGUGUGCGAGCGCGGCGCCAAGCGCAACACGGACCCCUGGAAGCGGGGACUGAGCGGCGAUGGCGACGGCACCGCCCCCCCGGAGGACGAGACGGACGAGGCCCGCCUCGACCGUCUCGAGCAGGAGCACGCCGAGGAGGAGGAGCGCAACGCCAUGGCCGAGCUCGAGGCCAAGACGGUCGACGCCCGGCGCGAGAUGGCCGUCGCCGACGCGCUCGACGAGCUGCGCACCCGCAACGCUCGCAUCGCCCGCGCCGACCCGGCCGGCGCCGAGGCGCUCGUGGCCGAGGACCGCGACGAGGAGCGGCUGCGCCAGGAAAAGGAGGACGCAGAGGCCGCGAGGAUGGCCUUUGCGUGGGCCCGCGGGCAGGCCGACGACAUGCAGGAGGAGCUCAUUGCCGAGGAGGAGCUGGUCGGCUGGGACGGCGGCGCGCUCAAGUCCGGGUCGGGGUCGGGGUCGGGGUUGGACAAGCCCGCCACCUCGACGACGCCGACGACGACGACCAACCCUGCGCUCGUAGGCGCGACAGACAUGCCUCCGCCCAGCUUCAAGAGGCAGGUCAAGAAGAAGACCGACCGCGCUGCGCUGCUUGGGAUCAAGAAGAAGACAUGACGGACUCUGGAGUGAGCGACUACACACGCAGACACGAGACCGAAUGUACGACAUCAACGGGCUUGAAUCAUCCGACAGCCCUAUAUGCCCACCUUGUGGUGUCCGGCAUGGCAAUGACCGGUGACGCACGCUAUAAUGACGACGUUUUUGCCAUGCUUGGAGUUUGGCCCGUUUGUUGGUUAGGGUCACCAAAGCCCCACACCACCUCAUGCAAGCACGGUAUCACUUGCGAUACAGUCACGAGUGGCUUGCCCACCACAUGCGCAUAAUCAGAUGCACACAAGAGGUUGUGAGUUUAUUUUGAAGUGUUCAUCAUUCAUAAGUCGUUGCCGAGAGGUUCCAACCCUCGUUCCGUAUGCUUCAACAACAAACCCAUGACAGCGACCCAGAAAAAAAUCCAAUACCCCUACGCCGGUACCCAUGAUCCUAGUUUUGAUAUAAUAGGAUGAUACAAAAAAAAACGAGAGUAGAAGGGGAGAACGAAUGGACAAACGCCAGCUUGCUUUAUGUGAGAGCGUGCAAGGAGCCAAACGACCGCUUGCUUGGCAGACAUAAGCCCAACCAUCAACAACCUAGCCGCUCCGUGCGAGUAUUCGUCGACGGCGACGAGAAACAUCAUCCAAGAUGCUAUGUGCUUAGAGGCGAUGGCGGGGAUCCUUGGAACCUGGCCAUCACUUCACCCAAACCCUAGGAAUCGGAGUCUUCUGGGCUGGUGGGCUGGGUGAUGACGAUGGUGUGGUUGUACGAGUCGACAAGGAUCUCUUGGCCUAGCGGCUCUGAGCCUUUGCCUGAUCUGGAGGUGUCGUGACUAGUGGUCGAUCCGUCGUCGAGUCACCAUGUCGUCGAUGGCGAUGUUGAAUGACAUAUUGUUCUUGUUGAUGGUGGCGAUGAUGAGGACGGUAGUGUUGCUGUUGAUAUUGUUGCCGGUGGUGGUAGUUGUGCUGCUGCAGCCGCGCAUCGAACGCCAGACACCCCCAUCACUGGUACGAGGGCGGGCCGUAGGCGGCCGAGACGCCGUUCUGCUGGGCACCUUGGCUGUGAUUCCUCGAGCCCCGGCGGCGCGACGACGAGUGCGAGGCGGCCUCCAUCUGCUGCUUGGUGUGCUGGUGCAUGGUGCGCGAGUACGACGGCAGGUCCGCCGGCGGCGGCGGCGACACCGGGAUGGAGACGGACGAGUACGUGUUCUGCGACGAGUUGGACAUGUUUGUGGCGGGCAGGUAACGGCUGUAGGACCUCUGUUUGGCGGCAGUCGAGGCGGGCAUUCGGGGCGGCAGAUCCUGGACCCUUAAAAAGAAGAAAGAAAUAGGGGAGAGACGAGGGGGAUAAUAAUAAAAAAGAACUAGAGGGGUUAGGGUCCGGCGGGAACGGGCGCGGCCGGGAAUCAGAGAGAAUGGGAGAAAAAGGUCUAGCGGGAGGGGAAAGAGGGGGGCCGGUAUGCAAGCGGUGUGAAUAAGUUGGCCCCGAGGGUGGUCUUGGUGUAAAUCUUGGUAACGGAAAAACCUGGCUUGGUGGUCACAUGGAGUUGGAAGUUGGAUGUGGGAUGUGGGCCAGAUCAGGUCUGGAUGGGAUGGGUCGGGACCCAAGGGUCCUUAUAUAAGAUGCGAGGGAACUUUAUCGGGCAGCAGCCGUGUGGGUAUAGUUGUAUAAUGGGCGAGCUGGAGGGCGUGUGUUUGCUCGAGGGUGAAAAAAAAAAUGCGACAUGGGGGGCGUGUGCAAGUGUCUCUCGGGUUUGCUGUGCUGCUGCCUUCUCUUCUCCAUCUCCUAUUUCCUCAUCGUCAUUCAUUCUUUGAG